CCCGAAUCCAGAGAAGGGGGCCCCACCCCCACUUCCUGCCACACCGGCCACACCUUGCCCCGGGGUAUCCUGGGCAGGCCACUUCCUCCUCUCGGGGGGGGGGGGUGGCACCCCAGAACCUACUGGAGAGAGGCGAGGACAGACCCACAAGGAUGGACAGGUUCUGGAUGACCACUGGCCGGGUCUCCCUUCUGGAAGCUCUGGUCCCGUGCCUGGUUCAGGCACAGCCCUUGGCCCAGAGGAAGCCGUGGCUGGUGGGGCUGGGGGCCGCGCUGGCCGCCCUCUUCCUCACCUUCGUCUUCACCGUGGUCUACGCCGUCUGGUGCAGAGAGGCCCGCGACAGCGACAAAGAGGAGGACGUGGGGAGUGUGAGAAAGGAGGAGAAAGAAGCAGAGGGUGACCAGGGGCUGGAGCUGGAGGAGAGAGAGGUGCCUCCAAACCGUGAAGGAGUGGUGAGCUCCUCCAAAUGAAGGUUUCUCGCCUGCCUCCUCCAGGCAGGCCUCCAGGGCUGCCCCCAUGCCUGCUCUGCACUCUGCAAGCAAAGUCCUGGUCCUGGGGCCAGGGGAAUUAUCCCAUGUGGGGUUCGGGGUGAAGGGUCCCUGAAUGAGGAGCGCUCAGGACCCACCCCAAGUCCCUCUGGGAGGCUUCUUUGCAUUUACCUGGGUGUUUAUGCGUCCCCUUCCCCAGCACAUCCUGCCCCAGCCCCCUUUUUCACUGGCAAGAGGGACGUGGGGCAGAAACCGUGCAGUUGGCUCUCCAGUGUUUGCAGGGCCCAGGCCCGGUCCAGUCCUCCUGCAAUCUCGCUUCUGCUGCUUCUGGGCAAGAACUUCGAGCCGAUGCGGAGCGCAGGGCGGUUUCCUGGGAGACGAGCGCCCCUCCCACCGUGUGCCGAGUUUCUGGUCACUGUCCCCCCCCCCCCCCCCCAGCUGGGACUGCGGCGGGUGCCGAGGCUGGGAGGAGACGCGGCGUCAUCACCCCCUCUUCCUGCCCUGCCCUCUUGGUGGCGGCUCCGCGGCUCCGUCCUUGCUGUGUGGCCCUAAGCAUGUAACUUAACGUCUCUGUGCCUCAGUGUCCUGUCCCGUAAAGGGGGGGGGGGGGGGGAAUAACUUGAUCCUUUAUAAGUUGUCAUGAGGACGAAGUGAAAUGAUGUCCACAAAAAUCCUGGGCACAGAACCCGGAACCCAAAAGGCGUCUAAUAAAUGCCAGCUUUUUGUGAUGCUGAAACGGCGCGGAUGGGGCCGGGCGCACGGCCGUCCUCGAACAGGCUUGGGGGAUCUAGAAGGCCACAGCGUGAGCACCCAGACUGCGGCUCUGGGGUCCGGACGAUCCGGGCGUUCCGGGUGAGGGCGGAGCGGAGGUCGGAGAGGUCGCGAGAAGGGCGGGGCCGUGUAGGCUCCUCCCCUUCCGCAGGGGCGGGACUUCUCCUCUAGGGGCUUCUGGAAAUGGGGCGGGGAGCGUUUUGUUGCUGUCGCAAGCCCGCGUCCCUUUAUGGCAUUUAGUUGGGGGCCCAGGGGACGGCGAACAGCCUGCAGUGUUGGGACAGCUCCCCCCCCCCAAAGCCAAGAACUGCAUCACCUCAGGGGCCAACGUCCGAAACCACAGAUGCUUUCCUGGAGAUCCCCCCCCCCCCCAAAAUAGCGGAGCCCUGACAUCCUGUCUGAGGACCCCAAGCCCGGUUGACCUCCCACUCUGGGUUGAGCCCCACACCCCUGGUGAAGUCCCACAGCUCUGAGUGACCCCCGAUCCCGGCUGAGCCCCCCACCUUGGGCUGAGCUCCAGACUGACCCCCCCACCUCUGGUUGAUGGGGGUCGAGCCCCCAUCCCGCAUGAGCCCUACCCCAAAUGACCCCCAACGCUGUCUGAGCCCCCACAACAGGCUGAACCUUCAUCCCGCAAAAGAAGCUCCUGCUAGGGCCCCCUUUCUCGUUGCGGGG